AUGCCUUCAGGAAAGCCACGUCUGUACGCUGCACUCUACCCCAGCGGUGCGACCCGUGGCGACGAGAUCAGAUACCACUGGGCUCUGCUCGUCGGUCCCAAGAACGAAUCUUCAAAGACCGUGCCUGGCAUGCGCCACCAUGCCACCAAUCCUCCUUUCGAGGGCUGGAAGUACGAAAAGAAGUCCAUAGAAGACGUUCGAUCAACGGUCAACUUGCUCGGACGAAUCCUUAUUGCGAAGGUGGAAGAUCUUGACCGGCUGAACAUGAUUCUCGAACGUGUGCCUGUCGUUCAAGACGAUCCCAACUGGAGGUGUACAAGCUGGAUGGCCAGUGCUCUUGAGGCUAUAGCGAAGGAUGGCAAGGCAGUUGGCACAUCGGAAUUGGACUGGACAAAGAUUCAAGAGGUCGGUAGGAGUUAUGUGGGUGCAAAGACUGCUGCUGGUCGAUAUAUGCAUCUUGAGCUUCUCGAUGGUCCGAGACCCUCGUGGGACUUGCUCGAGAACAAAGAGAUGGUAGCUUAG